CGGGGCCGGGGUUCAGUAACUCCACGGAUAUUUACACAGUAGCUGGAGCCCAGGGCCCGUGCUGGGCUGGCCUGUGAACAAGACAGCCGGGGCCCCUGACGGCGGGGAGCCACCACUCGGAGGCGAAGACAGACACAAGCACACAGACCCCGUCGACAGCCUCAUUCCCACGCGCGGACUCCACCGCCAGGCACCUGCGUCGCGCCAGGCGUCUGCUGGGCCAGAGGCUCGCUGGGGACAGAGCAGGGAGCGCGCGCCCCCUGCUCGCCCGACGCCUGCAGCGGGUCCGGCUCCGUAAAGGUGUGGGUGCGCGUAUCUUCCGCCUGCCCCCGCUCGAGGUUCACGAGGAGCCCACGAUUAAUUACAUUUUCUCUGGUCUUCUCUUGGGGAAAGCUCCAAUCCUAUUAAAGCCCUAAGAGGAGAGCGCGUCCUGUCUAAAUCCCCCAGCGGGGGCAGGAUAUAGGACCCUCUGCCCUCCUCUGCAUCCAUAUAAGUGGUCCCAGCCCCGGGUCUGCCCCUGGCCGGGGAGGACGUCCCCAGAGGAGGCCGGGCCCUGCCUUCCGUGCCUGCCACCUGGUCCCCUGCCUCAGGGCCCCUCGUCCUUGUCACCCUCCUCUCUGUCCUCUUUUCUUUCCCUCAUUCUUCGCCUCCCUCCUAAGCAGUGACCGGCUCCCCCAGGCCCAGACGCGGCCCUCGCGGCCCCAGAGGCGACCAUGCACUGCGGCUGCGGGGCCCAGGGCGUCCCUGUGGCGGGCAGCUCCUGGAUCUCAGGCUUGGCCUUCCCGGACUGGGCCUACAAAGCCGAGUCGUCCCCAGGCUCCCGGCAGAUCCAGCUGUGGCACUUCAUCCUGGAGCUGCUGCAGAAGGAAGAGUUCCGCCACGUCAUCGCCUGGCAGCAGGGGGAGUACGGCGAGUUUGUCAUCAAGGACCCGGACGAGGUGGCCCGCCUCUGGGGCCGCAGGAAGUGCAAACCACAGAUGAAUUACGACAAGCUGAGCCGGGCCCUCAGGUAUUACUACAACAAGAGGAUCCUGCACAAGACCAAAGGCAAAAGGUUCACGUACAAGUUCAACUUCAGCAAGCUGAUUGUCGUCAACUACCCUCUGUGGGAGGUGCGGGCACCACCUUGCCCCCUGCUGCUGGGGGCCCCUGCCCUGUUUCGGCCAGCGCUGGUGCCCAUGGGCACGCACGGCGAGCUCCUGCACAGCGCGCUGCUCGCCCGUUGGGCCACAGUGGAGCAGCUGGCCGGGCAGCGGACCCCCCGAGGGCCGCCAGAGGCCUCUGAGGAUAAGAAGGGGAGCGGCAGCAGUGCCCCCCGCCUUGGCUCUCUCCCAGCCCCCUGCCAGCUUGGCCCUUGCUGCCUUCUGGGGAGCCCCCGAGAGGAGCUGCUGGGUCUGGCCUCCUUGGCCCCUCCUCUCCUGCCUUCCCUCCCUUCCGACUGGACCCGCCUCUCAGGGCCCUUCCUGCCCCCUGUCCCCCCAGAGCGGCUGAUCCCGGGGACCUCCAAGCCAGACACCCUGCUGCCGGGGCCCGGCUGCCCCCCAGCGACCCACCACUUUCCGGGGCUCCCCCUGUUGGCUGGGCUGGGACAGGGGGCCGGCGAGAGGAUCCGGCUUUUGCCCCUGAGGCCCCCGGGGCUGGAGGUAAAGCCCUAUCCCAUGAUGGGGGCAAAGGGACGCCUGGACCCCAGGGAGGGCUUCUCCUCAGAGAUACACAGACCCAAAGUCGGGGACGAAAGCCCCGUGUCCCCCCAUCUGGAGAACUUCGAGGCAGUGUGGCCCUUGGAUCCUCCUUAACUGGGGAGAAGAGGGGAAGCGGGGGGUCCCCCAAAGUCCAUGCCUCCUCCCGUGUAUUUCCUUUCUGGCUUUGCACCUUCCCUGGCCUGGAAACAGGUUUCAAU